AUGGCUUUGUCUCUCAUUUCAGUGGACCCCUCAGUGUCGUCUCAGGCAGCGCCACUAGCAGCAUCAGCCGCCACAGUGUUUCUGAAGAGAUCCAGUCCAGUUGCACUGUCUGCAGCCCUGGUCGCUAAAGGCACCGGCAGCAGCCCGUCGGCUGUGGCUGCGGGAUUAUCCAAGAGCAGUUUGACCACCACAUUAGCAAAGAAUGUCACAAGCAAGGCAGCCCCAAUCUCCAAGGCGACCCCAGCGGCCUUCCACACACCCUUCCCGUUCACACCUACCUACAUGUUUGCAAGGACAGCACAUACCGUGAGCUCACAUACAGAUGCCAGGGAACACAGGCACUGCCUCUGGCCUGUUGUCCACAACACACCUCCCCAGAAGCCACAAGCCAUGCACACAGACCCCCUCAGUCCCACCAGCCCAGAGAUGCCCCGAGCAUCCACCACACGUCCGCUGACCAUCACAGCGGCGUUGACAUCCAUCACGGCUUCGGUCAAGGCCACCCGGUUGCCACCUUGGCCAGCGGAACACACAGAUGUUGCUCUCCCCGCCGUGUCUACUGACGUGGUCACGACUGGUAAAAUAGUGUCCAGCCUGGAGUGUCAGAUGUCCAAUAAGCUCCUGGUGAAGACAGUUCUCUUUCUGACCCAAAGGAGAGUGCAGAGCAGUGAAUUCUUGAAGCUCAGUGUGACCAAAGGGCUCACGCAGGCCCUGCGAAAAGCCUUCCACCAGAGCGACGUCUCAGCUCAUGUGGACAUUGUGGAACAUUCUCACAACGUCACCGUUGGCUAUUAUGUUACCAAGGGAAGGCUGGUAUACCUGCCCGCCGUAGUUAUUGAAAUGCUCGGUGUGUACGGCAUCAGCAAUGUCACUGCAGAUCUGAAGCAGCACACCCCAAACCUGCAGUCUGUGGCAGUCCUUGCCUCCCCAUGGAACCCAGAGCCUGCAGGCUACUUCCAGCUUAAAACAGUGCUGCAGUUUGUGAGUCAAUCAGACAACAUCCACUCCUGCAAGUUUGCCCAGACAAUGGAGCAGAGACUGCAGAAGGCAUUCCAGGAUGCUGAGAGCAAGGUCCUGAAUACCAAAAGCAACUUGGCAAUUCAGAUUGUGAGCACAUCCAACGCCUCCCAGACAGUUACGCUGGUUUACGUGGUGGGCAACCAGAGCACGUUCCUCAACGGCACUGUGGCCAGCAGCCUCCUCAGCCAGCUUUCAGCUGAGCUGGUGGGAUUCUACCUCACCUACCCGCCGCUCACCAUUGCCGAACCACUGGAAUACCCCAACCUUGACAUAUCAGAGACAACUCGAGACUACUGGGUGAUUACAGUGCUUCAGGGUGUGGACAACUCGCUGGUGGGCCUGCACAACCAGAGCUUCGCCCGGGUCAUGGAGCAGCGCCUGGCCCAGCUCUUCAUGAUGUCUCAGCAGCAAGGCCGGAGGUUUAAACGGGCCACCACCCUGGGAAGCUACACCGUGCAGAUGGUGAAGAUGCAGCGUGUGCCAGGACCAAAGGACCCUGCGGAGCUGACUUACUACACCCUCUACAAUGGAAAACCUUUGCUGGGGACUGCGGCCGCCAAGAUCCUGAGCACCAUCGACUCCCAGAGGAUGGCCUUGACCCUGCAUCACGUUGUCCUUCUGCAAGCUGACCCUGUCGUGAAGAACCCGCCCAACAACCUGUGGAUCAUCGCUGCGGUGCUGGCGCCCAUCGCCGUGGUCACGGUCAUCAUCAUCAUCAUCACUGCUGUGCUCUGCCGCAAGAACAAGAACGACUUCAAGCCAGACACCAUGAUGAACCUGCCGCAGAGAGCAAAGCCAGUGCAAGGCUUCGAUUAUGCCAAGCAACACCUGGGCCAGCAAGGAGCAGACGAAGAAGUCAUCCCCGUGACUCAGGAAACAGUAGUCCUCCCGCUGCCCAUUAGAGACGCGCCUGCAUCUCAGGAGAGAGACGUUGUUCAAGAUGGGAGCACCAUCAAGACUGCCAAGUCCACUGAAACCAGAAAGAGCAGGUCUCCCAGUGAGAAUGGCUCUGUCAUCAGCAACGAAUCAGGGAAGCCCAGCUCUGGGAGGCGCUCACCCCAGAAUGUAAUGGCACAGCAGAAAGUGACAAAGGAGGAGGCAAGGAAGAGAAAUGUGCCCGCGAGUGAUGAAGAGGAGGGAGCGAUUCUUUUUGACAACGCGGGCAAGGCGGCUGCUGAUCCCUUCGACUCAUCUUCGGGCUCUGUGCAACUCAUUGCAAUAAAGCCCACUGCCCUUCCAGUGGUACAGCCAGCCUCGGAGAGGAGCCAGGAGGCAGCCGUCCUCAACGGUGAGGUGAACAAGGCUCUGAAGCAGAAGUCCGACAUUGAGCAUUAUCGGAACAAGCUGCGCCUGAAAGCCAAGAGGAAGGGGUAUUACGACUUCCCUCCGGUGGAGACCAACAAGGGUCUGACUGACAGAAAAAAGAUGUAUGAAAAAGCCCCAAAGGAAAUUGACCACAUUUUGGAACCAGACCCAGAAAUCUGCGCCCCAUUCACUGAAUCAAAAAACAGGCAACAGAUGAAGAACUCUGUCUACCGAAGCCGGCAGUCUCUGAACAGCCCGAGUCCAGGGGAAACCGAGAUGGACCUUCUGGUGACACGGGAGCGACCCCGGCGUGGAAUCCGGAACAGCGGAUAUGACACUGAGCCUGAAAUCAUAGAGGAGACCAACGUGGACAGAGUGAAUGAGCCGAGGGGCUACACGAGGUCCCGGCAGGUGAAAGGCCACUCGGAGACCUCCACACUGAGCUCUCAGCCCUCCAUCGACGAGGUCAGACAGCAGAUGCACAUGCUGCUGGAGGAGGCCUUCAGCCUGGCGUCCGCGGGCCACGGGGGCCAGAGCCGGCACCAGGAAGCCUAUGGCUCCGCACAGCACCUCCCCUACUCAGAGGUGGUAACCAGCGCCCCCGGCACCAUGACACGGCCCCGGGCAGGGGUGCAGUGGGUGCCCACCUACCGGCCAGAAAUGUACCAGUACAGCCUUCCUCGACCCGCCUACAGGUUUUCCCAGCUUCCAGAAAUGGUCAUGGGCUCUCCCCCUCCACCUGUACCUCCCCGGACUGGUCCUGUGGCUGUUGCUUCUCUAAGGCGAUCCACCUCGGACAUCGGUAGCAAGACGAGAAUGGCCGAGUCCGCGGGCCCCGAGUCGACCCAGCUGCACGACAGCGCCUCCUUCGCCCAGGUCUCCCGAGGUCCCGUGUCUGUGGCGCAAUUGGAUCAAUCGGCUUUAAAUUACUCAGGUAAUACGGUGCCAGCAGUGUUUGCCAUCCCAGCUGCCAACAGACCAGGCUUCACAGGCUACUUCAUCCCAACGCCUCCCUCGUCCUACAGGAACCAGGCCUGGAUGUCCUAUGCAGGAGAGAAUGAGCUUCCAGGCCAGUGGGCCGAUUCGGUCCCUCUGCCAGGAUACAUUGAAGCUUACCCUCGGUCGCGUUAUCAGCAGAACUCACCCUCCAGGCUGCCUCGCCAGUACAGUCAGCCAUCCAGCCUGCACCCCAGCCUGGAGCAGGCCCCCGCACCCUCCACAGCAGCCUCGCAGCAGAGCCUAGCAGAGAACGACCCAUCUGACACACCUCUGACCAACAUCUCCACCGCAGCCCUCGUCAAGGCCAUCCGGGAAGAGGUGGCCAAACUGGCCAAGAAACAGACAGACAUGUUUGAGUUCCAGGUCUAA